AUGCUGCGCCAACCGCUGUCUAGGGCGCUUGCAUUGAGCUCCUCAAGCCGCAUUACACCCCUGGGAGUUCGAAGAUAUGCAGAGGCACUGGCUCAACCUGAAAAGGUUGAAGUAUUCAUUGAUGAUAAACCCGUUUAUGUGCCACCAGGCACCACAGUGUUACAAGCUGCAGCAAUGGUUGGUGUAGAAAUUCCUCGUUUUUGCUAUCAUGAGAGAUUGGCUGUUGCUGGCAACUGUCGUAUGUGUUUGGUUGAAGUGGAAAAAUCUCCUAAGCCUGUAGCAGCAUGUGCAAUGCCUGUCAUGAAGGGAAUGAGGGUCAAGACUACAUCUGAUCUAACCAAGAAGGCUAGGGAGGGUGUAAUGGAAUUUCUUCUUGUUAAUCACCCAUUAGAUUGCCCUAUUUGUGAUCAGGGAGGCGAAUGUGAUCUUCAGGAUCAGUCUAUGGCAUUUGGCUCUGACAAGAGUCGUUUCACUGACAUUCAUUUUUCUGGGAAGAGGGCUGUUGAAGAUAAAGAUGUUGGUCCCUUGAUUAAAACAAUCAUGACACGUUGCAUACAUUGCACACGGUGUAUUCGUUUUGCCUCAGAAGUGGCUGGUGUGGACGACUUUGGAACAACAGGGCGUGGUACAGACAUGCAGGUUGGCACAUAUGUAGAGAAAAUGUUCUUGUCAGAGCUUUCAGGAAAUAUUAUAGACCUGUGUCCGGUUGGUGCUUUGACAUCAAAACCAUACAGUUUUGCAGCUAGGCCUUGGGAAACUAGAAGAAUUGAUUCAGUGGAUGUUCUAGACCCACUGGGUAGUAACAUCGUAGUUGCGACACGAACCAACGAAGUAUUACGUAUUUUACCAAGGACCAAUGAGGAAAUUAAUGAGGAGUGGCUAUCAGACAAGUCAAGAUUUGCCUGCGAUGGCUUAAAGAGGCAAAGGCUGGUAACCCCAAUGGUAGCUGACAGCCGUGGUAAUUUGACCCCUGUUGAAUGGGAAGAUGCUAUUGUAGCAGCUGCGCAUGCUAUCAGAGACUGCCCACCUAAUAAGUUGGUAGCGAUAGCUGGUGAAUUGGCAGAUGCAGAAUCACUAGUGGCCCUGAAAGACUUGGUGAACAGAUUGGGCGGAGAGAACGUUUGUACGGAGCAAUAUUUCCCCAUGGAAGGGUCUGGUACCGAUUUGCGCUCGUCCUAUCUGCUAAACACUAAAAUAGCCAAUGUGGAAGACGCAGACUUUGUGCUACUUAUUGGAACAAACGUACGGUUCGAAGCACCGCUCCUGAACGCACGUAUACGUAAGGCGUUUAUACACAAGGAGACCGAUGUCGCAUACAUUGGCCCCAAAGUUGACCUUACUUAUGAAUACACGCAUGUCGGCGACUCAGCCUCUAUUGUUAAAGACUUAGCGACCGGUUCCUCGAAUCAUGAGGUACUUAAACGGCUGCAAUCCGCUAAAAGACCAGUGGUAAUUCUUGGAGCUGAUCAGCUGAAGACUUCUGAAGGAUCAGCGCUUCUGGCCUUCACUCAGGAACUUGCUUUGCGAUUGCAAGAUCAGCUCGAAGAUAAGGAAUGGAAGGUCCUGAACGUCCUUCAAAGAACUGCUUCGCAAGUUGCAGCUUUGGACGUUGGUUACAAACCAGGUGUUGGAGCGAUUCUGCAAGAUGGACCAAAGGUUGUCUACCUACUGGGAGCUGAUGCAGGAGUCGUCACUCGGGAGUCUUUGCCUAAAGACUGUGUUGUUAUUUAUCAAGGUCAUCACGGUGACGCGGGUGCGUCCAUUGCGGACGUGGUAUUCCCGGGUGCAGCGUACACUGAGAAACGGGGAACGUACGUGAACGCCGAAGGACGGGCGCAGCAGACCCUGCCCGCUGUUACUCCCCCGGGCAAGGCUAGGGAGGACUGGAAGAUUUUACGGGCGCUUUCGGAAGUAUUGGGAGCUCGUCUGCCUUAUGAUACCUUAGACGAAGUCCGUGAUAGAAUGGCUGAGAUAAGUCCGUCUCUCGUCGCGUAUGGAGAUGUCCAGAAUAACAAUUACUUUGCCCAGGCUAGAGUGUUAGCACAGAGUUUACAGAAACCGGUCUCUGGAAAAUUGGACGUCCAGUUAAAGCAAUUAGAAGAUUUCUUCAUGACAGACGCAAUUAGCCGCGCCUCGCCCACUAUGGCCAAGUGCGUUCAGGCCGUACUUAAACAGAAACAAUCUCCAUACUAA